UUCCUUUAUUCUCGUCUCGCCGUCAACCCUAAGGCAGAGCGGGAGGGAGAGCGUGUGGGGGGAGUUAGAGACUGGUUUCCUCUCAGUUGUUCCACUUCGCAAUCUGACAGCAGCACUCUGUUUUUUUCCUCCACGAGUGCGGUGAAAAUCCCCCCCCAGGUCGAACCAGCCAUGCUGAAUGUGUGUUUGAGGCUGGUGUUGCUCCUCGCCUUGGUUUACUGCGUCCCCUCCCCCUCACGGCCUCCCUCUAGACUCUGCAGACGGUGCUGUGACCAGCAAGACCCACCAGCAGCCACAGCUCAUUAUCAAAUGCCUGAAGUCAGAACUGUCAUCAACAUGACUAUUCUCAAAGGUGAUAAAGGAGACAGAGGAGACAAAGGCACUUCUGGAAAGCCAGGUCUGGAUGGCCCUCCCGGCCAUCGGGGACCCAUGGGUCCCAAAGGCAGCAAAGGCCAAGCGGGUGCUCCUGGAGAUGCUUGCAAGAUCCCUCAUUCCUCCUUCUCCGUGGGGCGCCGCAAGUCUUUGCACAGUCUGGACUACUACCAAGCCCUGGUUUUUGACACCGUGUUCGUCAAUAUCCAUGAGCAUUUCAACAUGUUCAAAGGUAAGUUCUACUGCUACGUGCCCGGAAUCUACUACUUCAACGUUAACAUCCACACCUGGAACUUUAAGGAGACUUACCUCCACCUGAUGCACAACGACAAGGAGCAGGUGAUCCUGUAUGCCCAGCCCAGUGAGAGGUCCAUCAUGCAGAGUCAGAGCGUCAUGAUGGAUCUGGCUCUAAACGAUGAGGUCUGGGUUCGGCUCUACAAGAGGGAGAGGGAGAACGCCGUUUACAGUGACGACGUCGACGUUUACAUCACCUUUAAUGGAUACCUGGUGGCGCCUAGCAUCCAGUGAACGUUUUAGAGAGGGAUUAAUAAACUGAUUGGAGUAUUGUUUAGGUCAGUUUUUUAUUUUACUUUUGCCAAAAAUACUGCUUUCCGAGAGACCGAUGAAUUGGUGCUUUUUCAAACAUUCCUUUCACUCUGGAGAGGAAAGUGCUGUGCCUCAAAUGAGGACCACCGAAGAGUGGUAGAAUCAGAAAGAAAAACAGCCCACAAUUGAUCAAAUAUUGAAAUACAUUCUUUUGCACUAAAAAUAAAAUGUUGUAUAAGAAUUGUAAAUCAAUGUUCUACUUCUACUGGACUGUGCCAUUGCCUCUGCUUGGACCAGUUCUAUGAAUGUCAAUGUUAGAAAAAAACAAAAAAAACAGGUUGCAUUAAUCAUCAGGAAUAACUAAUCUGUGCAAUUGCAUUUAUGACUGAGUUGCUGUCAGAUGGAACUCUGUUUAGGCAGACUUCUGUCAUACUUUUGAGUAAAUGCUUCUAUUGUGACUUUCAAAGGGAAGACUUGAAGUCAGUUAAUCCAUAUAAGUAACUAAACACUACAGCUGAUGGCUGAUAGCCACUUUUCUAUGUAAAACGCUGAUGUUGGCCUUUGGGGUCUACUACCCUUUCAUUGUUAUAACUGGUUUAAAUUUGCAAAUGUGUUCAUCACAAUGUUUCAUGCCCAACAACCAAAAAACAAUUCUUAUUAAGAAACAAACUCAGACCGAAGCAUCAUACUCUGUAGUCACCGUUAUUGUUCUGUGAGCCAAUCGAGGGGCGAUUUGUUCCACAUUUUGCACAAUGUCUGAUCAUCAUAAUUCUGCUCUGGGAAAUUCCCCUCGGGUGUGGUUUCUUUUAUAAGGCUAAAGAGGAUAACAUUUUAUUUAGUUCGCGUCAGACAACUUCAGUGACAACUUUUGUGAACUCAGGUAGUGAGAUUUCUAUUUGACUUAUGUGGCUACUUGGCACGAUUUUUAUGCGAGCGUAAUGCAAGCAAGCAAAAGGAAAAUAUUAACCUAUUGACACCAAUUUAUAUGAGUAAUGCACUCAUAUUGAGCAUGAAAACACUUUAACAUUUAGAUGAAAACAUAUAAAUGAUUCAUAUCUUUCUUCCUUAGGGUUACAUUGUGCUUUUUUCUGUGUCAGUGUUGCAUCCACAACAACAAAAAGACACAGAAUGUUCCAGUAAGACACACUGUACACUUCUGGAUUUGUUGUUUUCUUCCCUUUAUUACAUGAGCGAUGUUAUCACAACUUUCUCUCUUAUCGUGCUUCUCUUUUUACUGCAAAUUCCACAGAAAUUACUGUUGGAAUUCCUUGCAGCUUCAAACUUUUAACUAUAUCCCCAAACAAAAGCAAAACUAUCAGCAUUGCUGGGUUAAGCAUUAAUAUUUGUUUGCAUAAUAUUGGUUAACUGACAUUGCAGCAUAUCAAAAUAUAUAAAGAUGGUGCUGUUCUUUCAAAUGCAACAAAGAAUCAGGACUUGUGUUUUCUUAUAGCGACAGCAAACUGCAGAGCAGUUUAUGUAAAUAGUUAUAUAUUAUUAUCUUAAAUUGUUACCAUUUGUUUGAGCUCCAUUGUGCAGGUAUGUGUUUAUUUUUCUUUUUUUCACUUUUUGUUCUUUGACAACAAGAAUGAUACACAGGAUUUCAAGAAAAGUUGUUACAACCUCACAUGAAAUCAAGAGCCUCUAUUUCCUGUUGAUAUCUGCAAAUAAAAACAUUUUUUAACCACAAAGCAA